AACUUAAUUUUCUUUUCUAGCCUGCAAGCUUUACCCACAUGCACUUAUCCACAGUUUUGAAUAUCAUCUCUUCCUUGCCAAAGCUUCACUUAUGGAUUUAGAGUUUAGAGUUUAAGUAAAUAAAAUUAUAUUGAAUUGGUUUAACUCUGGUGCUUAGAACUAAUUGAUGAGUUUGCUUGCUUCUCGAUCUCUUAUAGUUCGAUUAACUUUGAAUUCAUAUAAAACUUGAACCAACUCGAACAACCCGACUUUGUGUGUGUAAGCUGGGAAGAAUGAUGAAAUAACUUUUUAAUUACCUAAAGAAUAGGCUUUGGAAGAACAAAUUUAGAUGUGGAGACUUGUAGUGACCUCCGAAGGCAACGAUCCAUGGGUGAAGAGCGUAAACGGCCACGUCGGCAGACAGUACUGGGAAUUCGGCGCCGACCUCGGAACAUCCGAACAGCGCAACCGCGUCGAGGAAGCUCGUCGGCACUUCAGCAACAACCGGUUCCACGUCAAACACAGCUCUGAUCUGCUCAUGAGAUUUCAGUUUGAGGCUGAGAAGCCAUGGGAAGGAAUGGAGCUGCAGAGGGUGAGAGUUGGAGGAGACGAGGAGGAGAUAAGUGAGGAAGCAGUGGAGAUGACACUGAGAAGGGCUUUGAGGUUCUACUCAACCCUGCAGGCUGAGGAUGGCCACUGGCCUGGGGAUUAUGGUGGCCCUAUGUUUCUUCUCCCUGGUUUGGUGAUCAGCUUGUCAGUGAUGGGGGCCCUGGACACAGUUUUGCCACAUGAACAUCAACUCGAAAUUCGUCGCUACAUUUACAAUCAUCAGAAUUUGGAUGGAGGCUGGGGGUUGCAUAUAGAAGGUGGUAGCACCAUGUUUGGCACAGCUCUCAACUAUGUAACUUUGAGACUGCUUGGAGAAAGGAUGGGUGGUGGAGAUGGAGCCAUGGAGCAGGCAAGGCUAUGGAUUCUUGAUCAUGGUGGAGCUACCCACAUCCCUUCAUGGGGAAAGUUUUGGCUCUCUGUACUUGGUGUAUAUGAAUGGAGUGGCAACAACCCCUUAUCCCCAGAGAUAUGGCUUCUUCCUUACUUUCUUCCAAUACAUCCAGGGAGGAUGUGGUGCCAUUGCAGGAUGAUCUAUCUGCCAAUGUCUUACAUAUAUGGGAAGAGAUUCAUAGGGCCAAUUAACUCCACCAUUUUAUCACUAAAAAGGGAGCUUUACACCCUUCCCUACCAUCACAUCGACUGGAAUCAAACCCGAAACAUCUGUGCCAAGGAGGAUCUGUACUACCCACAUCCUGCAAUACAAGAUGUGCUCUGGGGCUCUUUGCACAAAAUCUGGGAGCCUCUUCUCAUGCAAUGGCCUUUAUCUAGGCUAAGAGAAAGGGCAUUAAGAACAGUGAUGGAGCAGGUUCACUAUGAGGAUGAGAACACACAAUACAUCUGCAUAGGACCUGCAAAUAAGGUAAUAAACAUGUUGUGCUGUUGGGUAGAGGAUCCAAACUCAAUAGCAACUAAGUUGCACCUCUCAAGGAUAAAAGAUUACCUCUGGGUGGCUGAAGAUGGCAUGAAAAUGAAGGGAUACAACGGAUCACAGCUGUGGGAUGCUGCACUCUGUGUUCAGGCCAUCCUUGCUACCAACCUCGUCGAUGAAUAUGGCUCAAUGCUUAAGAGAGCCAACAACUUCAUCAAAAUCUCACAGGUUAGAAAGGAUGAGAGCGCGACCGAUCUUAGCUACUGGUACCGGCACAUUUCAAAGGGCGGCUGGCCUUUCUCUACCCCUGAUAACGGUUGGCCUGUAUCAGAUUGCACAGCUGAAGGUCUAAAGGCUGCGCUUAUGCUUUCGUGGUUGCCAUCUGCCAUUGAUGCCGGUGAAGCAAUAGCCACAAAUCAACUAUAUGAUGCAGUUAACUUCCUUCUCUCCCUUCAGAACAGCAAUGGAGGCUUUGCAUCAUACGAGCCCACCCGAUCUUACUCGUGGCUAGAGAUGAUUAAUCCAGCCGAAACAUUUGGGGAUGUCAUCAUCGAUUACCAGUAUGUUGAGUGUACCUCGGCUGCAAUUCAAGGGCUGGCGUUGUUCAAGAACUACUAUCCUGGACACAGGAGGAAGGAAAUAGAGACAUGCAUUGCAAAGGCAGUUGACUUCAUUGAAAGAACACAGCUUCCAGAUGGCUCAUGGUAUGGAUCCUGGGGAGUUUGCUACACCUACGGGACAUGGUUUGGGAUUAAGGGGCUGGUGGCCGGUGGAAGGGGCUGCCGGAACAGCCAUAGCAUUAGAAAAGCUUGUGAUUUCCUGCUAUCUAAACAGCUUGAUUCUGGUGGCUGGGGAGAAAGCUAUCUUUCAUGCCAAGACAAGGUAUACACAAAUAUACAAGGAAACAGAUCCCAUGUAGUGAACACUGGAUGGGCUAUGCUGGCUCUAAUGGAAGGCGGGCAGGCAGAAAGGGACCCAACACCCUUGCAUCGUGCUGCAAAGGUACUAAUCAACUCCCAGAUGGAGACAGGAGAUUUUCCACAACAGGAAAUUAUGGGAGUGUUCAACAGGAACUGUAUGAUAAGCUAUUCUGCCUACAGAAACAUCUUCCCCAUAUGGGCGCUGGGGGAGUAUCUCAAUCAUGUGAUUCUACCUUCUAGGAAGCUUUCAAAUGGACAUUUAUCCUAAUGUAAAUAUGUACUCAAAACAUCUCUUUGCAAUCUACUUUUAGAAUUUAAUGUCCCCAACUCUCCACCCCACACCCCCCCCCCCCCCUCUAAAAAAAAAAAAAAAAAAAAAUGAAACGAAAUGGGUUACCUUUGUUAUUGUUAUUUGAUAUAUCAAAAGUAAAUCUAUAAGGAUCGAUGGAGGCUCUUGACUGAAUCAAGGGAGUCAC